UUCCGCCUGCAUCUCUAAUUGUGAACAAUGUAAAAUGUGAUAUAGAACCUCCGUUAAUUUGUAGUGAUUGUCUUCAUGAAGUAUUAGAAAAAGAGUUUGACAACUGGUCAAGUGGAAAUUUACUAAUUGAUGAAUUCAUUCAAAAGGCACAACAGUCAUUGUCUUAUAUUCAAUACCCUGAAUGGAUUCCAUAUAAUUUUUUUACUGAAAUAAAACGUAUUAAUAGAGGUGAAUUCGGUGCAGUAAUUUCUGCAAAAUGGACUCAAGAUAUGAAAUAUUUGGAGCAGUUUUUACCUACGAAAGAAGUACUUCAAGAUCAAACAUAUUAUUGUUGCUUAUAUGGAAUUACCCAAGUUCCUUCAACAUUGGAAUAUAUGCUUGUAGAAUCCGCAUCCGUAUGUGACAGAUGUUUCUCUAAAAUAAUAGAGAGAAUAAAAUGUUUUUCUAUAAUAAACGGAGAUAAAUAUUAUACUCGGUCCGAACCAUGUACUGUUGCUCUAAAACAAUUGGAAGGCGAAAAGGAUUCAGUUCAUCUUUUUCUUAAAGAGAUUCAAGCACAAUUUAAUUGCUGUCAUUUAUACGGAGUUACUAAAGAUCCUUCAACAUCACAAUACAUGUUCGUAAUGCGAUAUGCGCCACAAGGAGAUCUUCGACGAUUCUUGCAGAAAAAUUUUGAUAAAUUAACUAUAGAAAACAAAUUAAAGGAAUUGACACUUGAUGAAUAUCGAAAUCAAGAUAAUAGAAAUAAAAAGUACAUUCAUGGGGAGGGUGCUUGGUUAUGGGAAUGGGAUGGUACUAAUUUAUCACGGGAAUUACUUAAUUCGCAUAAUGCAACCAAUAUAUAUAACAUCAUGAAAUGGAAACCAGAUAUUCCUAUUCACAAAGAUGCAGUAUAUAAAAGUCGCAUGAUUAGUAUUAGUGAUAAAUAUAUGACUCGUCAGAACGACAUGACACUUAAAUAUGAAAUUUCUGACAUACCAUACAUGAGUUUAUGA